GGGGUAACUACUCCAUAGAGAAAGAAGCAAAAGCAGAUUCAGACACGGAAAUCAUACUGUGAAGUUGGAUUCCUGCUUCUGGACGUUUAAUCGCACUUCUCCAAGCUCAAGACGGGCUCCAAUGGUGUUGAAGAUCGAUCUAUGGCGCUUGGGAACUCUGGUUCGACGCUUUCUCUCUCUAGGUAUCGGUUUCUCUCUCAAAAACUCGGACCCCUUCAAUGUUGGCCUUCUUCUCUCUUAAAUCCUCUGCCUGGUCGCGAUACCCGGUCAAAAUACCCGGUCGGGUAUUUUGGGUUCUGACCGGGUAUCUCUGCAACGCCCCGUUUCACUAAAGAGGGAAAUACCCGGUCCAACACCAAAAUCCC